UUAGCGGGCAAAGUGUUGAUUUCCUAGAAUUCUAGGAAAACCAAACGGAGUCUCUGUUACAAACAUAAAAGGGCCGAGUUUGCCCGUUUUUGAACCAGCCCAGUCCAGAGUCCACAAGACCACAAUCCAAGCAGCAGCAGGGCAAACAGGACUCUCGAAACCCCUCGCCUUCCUUCUUAAAAAAAAACAAAAUCAAAACCCUCGCCUUUGAUCUCGAAUUGAUGGAUUCCAUUCCGAUGACGGGCGUCGGCGGCGACGAUCUCGCCUCCUCCGCCGCCACUCCCGCUAUGCACCUCGACAGCACCUUCAAGCCGCCGCUCGCCGAGGCCAUCCCUCAGGCCUCCCUUCGCGCCUAUCCCUCCUCCUCCUCCAAUGCCGCCUCAUCCCCUCCGCUCUUCCUCGUCUUCUGCAAGGGCAUGGCAAGCGACGAGGUUGUGGGGCCGCCGGGGCCGAGCGGCGUCGUCGUCGCGGUGCUGGCGGCGGCCGUAUGCGGGCCGCAGGGGGAUGUUCUGCUGACGGUGCGCAAGCCCGUGGUGGGGUUUGUGGGCGGCCCCGACGGCGCGGCGCUGCUGGAGGCGGCGGCGCUGGUGGAGGGCCUGCACGCCGCGCAUGGGCUGGGCAUCCGCAGCGUCAAGGUCAUCACCGAUCACAAGAUGCUGCACGACCUUAUGCUUCGUAUUUGCUCUCCGACAGGGGAGAAGCUUGCAGAUAUGAUGGAUCAGGCUGUGUCAGUACAAAAGAAAUUCGAGCAAUUUGAAAUCUCACUUGUCCAGCAAAGCCAAGCAAGCUGUGUGGUGAAACUAGCAAGAUAUGCUCUAAGUGUCGAGAUUGCCAAAUCUCGUGCGGUCAGUGAUAAAAACAAGGAGAAGACACUGGAGUCAGCUGCUGAAAGAAAUGGUAACAAGGAAAGAAGAGAGACCUGCAGCAUCUGCUUGGAAGACACUGGAGUUUCUAAAAUCCAUGCGGUAGAAGGCUGUGGUCAUCGCUUUUGCUUCUCGUGCAUGAAGGAGCACGUGAGAUUCAAGUUACUCUAUGGAAUGCUCCCAGCUUGUCCAAGGAUCGGCUGCACUACCAUGCUAACCGUGGAGGGUUCAAAGGCAUUGGUACCGCCACCGCUGUUGGAGAAAAUGGCGCAGCGCAUCCGGGAACGACAGAUCCCUGAGGGCGACAGGAUUUACUGCCCGUACCCCAAGUGCUCAGCCUUGAUGUCCUUGAGCGAAGUGCAGGGAUCCUGCUCAUCAAAGUACAACCAUGGUGGCCGCACCUGCAAAGAUGCGGCACUGAGAAAGUGUGUGAGAUGCGGAGGCUCCCUGUGCAUCCGCUGUAAGGUGCCAUGGCAUGAGAGGAUGAGCUGCCGCGAGUAUCAAUGGCUCUAUCCCCACGGUGGUCGAGAAGAUGCAGAGUUGCAGAAGCUGGCGAAGCAGCGGCUGUGGCGGCAAUGUGGGAGAUGCAAGCACAUGAUCGAACUCUCAAUGGGCUGCUCCCACGUGACCUGCAAGUAA